UGUGGAUGUGCGACACGCUCUGUGAACUGAUGCUACACUGGAAAUGUCGGGAGAAAUGUGGAUCUCGUGGAGAACAUCUCUAGCUGUCGUCCUUACUUUCCUACAAAUCCAAGCUCUGAACUGUGAAAAAUCCACAGUUGUCUCUGGCACUGAGGGUCAUAUGUUGGACUUCAGAUGUGAAUAUCCAGAUAAACAGAAAAACAAUUCAAAGUACUUCUGCUGUUUUUAUAUCGAAGAGUCCUUUGCUCACCUCGUACAUACUUCGAAACACAACGAGUGGACAAGAGAAGGACGAGUCUCGCUUUAUGACAACACUACAGCAGGCUUUUUCAUCGUCAAGGUGGAUAAACUCUAUUUGAACGACAGUGGGACAUACUGGUGUGGUGCUGAUGGCAACGAUGAUCGCUCCCGAAGGAUAUAUCUGAAUGUCUCCCGAGAGAAUGAAAUCCCUGCUUCCAACACAGCUGGACUAGUUCACAACAUGAUUUUGUUUGCCGGAGUCGUCCUCUGUAGGUAA